AUGCGAUUGGUUACACACAACUUUCUUUGCUGUCUUGAAUGUCAGGGUUUCCCAUUAGAGCUACAUGACGUACAAAUGGAAAUUCUGCCUUGCGAGUUCGACUCCACAUUUGUUCGUCUGAUGCUCGCCCGCAUGGACUACACAUUUCUUCUUGAAGCCUUCAAUGCACUAAAGACUCAGCAGGAGCAAUUGUUGGAGACAGCUAAUCCUCUUCCAGAAAGAUUGGAGGAUGUCGACCUCUCUGACGACUCUGAGGACCUGAAAGCGAUCCACUACGUCAUACAGGAGGUGGCUGUGCGACAAGGGAGACUUGUCUGCUCUCAGUGCAAACGGGAGUAUCCCAUCCGUGAUUUCAUACCAGAUAUGGUGCUCGACGGGAAAUGA